CAAGAUCAUGAACAAGAAAGCAUACACUGCAGCUUGGGAGAAGGACAAACUAACAGUCCACAUCAUGCCAGAUGCUCCCGAGAUUGUCCUGGCCAAGGCUAAUGCCCUCAACAUGAGCAACAAACUUUACAAAGCUGGUGUUGUGGAGAUGGCCAAAAAGGGCCACAACCUCAAAGCUGAUGCCAUUUCAAUUUUGGCAGCCAAGUCCGGUACCACUAUUGCCAGCAAUUACAAGUACAAGCUGGCAUACGAGAAGGCCAGAGGCCACCAUGUCGGCUUCCGCAGCAUCCAGGACGACCCCCUGCUGGUUCAUUACAUGCAGGUGGCUAAAAUGCAGAGCGACAAGAACUACAAGAAGGACUACCACAAGUCCAAGCUGAAGUAUCACUCCCCAGUGGACAUGCUGAGCGUUGUCCAAGCCAAGCACGCCUCUACUGUUCAGACGAUGGCUGGAUACAAGCAGCAUAACCCCCACUACACUGUGCUGCCUGAUGCCAUGAACCUGCAACUGGCUCGCAACAUGCAGUUCAUUGCCAGUGAUAAUCAGUACAAGAGUGACUACGAGAGCUUCAUGAAGGGAAUCGGAUGGGUCCCUAUUGGAUCGUUGGAUGUUGAGAAAGCAAAAACAGCCGGCCGCAUCCUCAGUGAGAGCCAAUACCGUCAACAUCCCAGCAAUUACAAAUUCACCAAAGACAUGCACUCCAUGGAUUUGACACUGGCCACUGCCAACAACCAGAUUAUGAAUAAGCAAUCCUACAUUUCUGGCUGGGAGAAAGACAAGACUUCAAUCCACAUCAUGCCUGAUGCAAUGGACAUUGUUCUUGCCAGAGCAAACAAGAAGAACUUCAGUGAGAAACUCUAUAAAUUGGACAAUGAACUGUCCAAGAAGAAAGGCCAUAAUCUUCGUGGUGAUGCCAUUGCAGUAAAGGCCGCCAGAGCCUCCACUGCUAUUGCUAGUGAUUACAAGUACAAGACAGGAUACCGCAAGCAGGUCGGCCACCACAUUG